CACUCAUCGCCUCUGUCUCGUUCCCCUUUCGCCCCGUGUUCGGCGCCAUGGAUUCGAUCUGCCGUCGGAGCCCACCGCCGCCGCUGCCUGGCCCCAGCCGCGAAGCGUGGUGCCCCUCCUCGCCGCCAGCCGCCUCCCCUUUUUGCUGGGCGGUGCCUCCGGAGGCCCCGCUGUAGGGCCGCAGCGCGGGCGAUGGUGGCCCGCGGCUCGAAGCAAUGAAGGGAGGGAGGGGGCGGUGGCCGUGGCUGCCCCGACCGGCGUGCUGGGGCCGCGCUUCCUCCCCGGCGGCGACGCCUAGGAUCUCCGAGGCAGUGCCUCCGAAGGCAGCCUGGAAGCAGGGGAGGGAGGGGGUUAUUGACGGGGGUUGUGGCUGCUUCCACCGGCAUCCGCGCUCGCUGUGCUGGGGUUGUGAUUUCUCUCCAGCAGUGACUCCUAGAAACUCCAAGGACCUCAGACCCGCAUCUCACAACUCAGAUCCAUCCACGCAAACGCUCACAGGAGAAAGAGAGAGGAGAGGGAAGCUUGAUCGGUACCGAUGGAGGCGACCGCGUUGA